CGGUGGUUCUGGACGUGACCGCGUGUGGUCGCUGUCGGUCUCGUGCGUGGGCACAACCAGCGCGCGUGACGAUAGAAUGAUAGAGAAGCUAAACGCGCUUCUGUACGGAGGGAAUUAUGAAAUCACACCGUGUUCCGGCACUUUGUUAAGAAAACCAGUGUUCUCUUAUCCCAAUAUAUAUUUUUGAAAUAACCGAGUCAAAGGAAAAGACGCUUGAAAUCAGCAUCGAAAAAUAAACAGGCCCCGGUUUGAAUCAAAUCCAGCGCAGCAUGGACGGAGAUGGAGAGGGCCAGAGCCGUUGGUGUCUGUCCCAGGUCAAAGGAGCCGUAGAUGAUGAUGUAGCUGAAGCUGACAUCAUCUCUGCGGUGGAGUUCAAUCAUUCCGGCGAGCUUUUGGCCACAGGAGAUCGAGGUGGAAGAAUCGUGAUCUUCCAGCAAGAACAAGAGAGUAAGAGCCUGCCGCAGGGCCGCGCCGAGUAUAACGUCUACAGCACGUUCCAGAGUCACGAGCCGGAGUUCGACUAUCUGAAGAGUCUGGAAAUAGAGGAAAAGAUCAACAAGAUCCGCUGGCUUCCUCAGAAAAAUGCUGCACAUUUCCUGUUGUCGACAAACGAUAAAACCAUCAAGCUCUGGAAAAUCAGUGAACGAGACAAGCGACCAGAGGGUUAUAACCUCAAAGAAGAGGAUGGCCGCUACAGGCAUCCGUCAUCCCUCACAACACUACGGGUUCCAGUGUUCCAGCCGAUGGAUCUGAUGGUGGAGGCGAGUCCACGGCGGGUUUACGCCAACGCUCACACCUACCACAUCAACUCCAUCUCCGUCAACAGCGACAACGAGACGUAUCUGUCUGCCGAUGACCUCCGGAUCAAUCUGUGGCACCUGGACUUCACCGACCGAAGCUUCAACAUUGUUGAUAUCAAGCCGGUGAACAUGGAGGAGCUGACGGAGGUGAUCACGGCUUCAGAGUUUCACCCGCUCCAGUGCAACACGUUUGUGUACGGCAGCAGCAAGGGCUCUGUGCGUCUGUGUGACAUGAGGGCGUCUGCACUGUGUGACCAGCACUCCAAAUUGUUUGAGGAACCCGAGGACCCCAGCACACGCUCCUUCUUCUCUGAAAUCAUCUCAUCCAUCUCAGACGUCAAGUUCAGUCACAGCGGCCGAUACAUGAUGACCAGAGAUUAUCUGACCCUGAAGAUCUGGGACCUGCACAUGGAGAGUCGACCGGUGGAAACCUACCAGGUUCAUGGUUAUCUCAGGAGUAAACUGUGCUCUCUCUACGAGAACGACUGCAUCUUUGAUAAGUUUGAGUGCUGCUGGAGGAGCGACGACAGUGAGGUCAUGACGGGCUCCUAUAACAACUUCUUCCGAAUGUUCAAUCGUGACGCCCAGAGGGACGUGACCCUGGAGGCCUCAUGGGAGAACGGCUCGCCAGGCUGCCCGCUCAAGACCUGGCGCGUGUCCACGGGGAGCCGGCGCAAGAGGAACGAGAUCGGCGUCGACUGCCUGGACUUCAGCAGAAAGAUCCUCUACACCUCCUGGCAUCCGCAGGAUAACAUCGUCGCACUGGCGACAGUCAAUAACCUUUACAUAUUCCAGGAGAAACCGAAUUAGCGAUUUCAAACUGCUUCGUCCCCAUUCCUAGCUCCAAGAGUCAGGCGGGAUACAGGCCGAGCACAACGUCUCUCCUGAAACUCAUAGUCCUAAUAUUAACCACUGUAGUACAAAAAUACCAUUGGUUUAUUCUAUUACGUUAACUGAUACACUGUAGGUCGGUGGAAGGGAUUUCUAUUUGUAUUACUGUAUUUGUUUUUUAUUUUGCACCUUGUCUGUUUUAGCUUUAAUCGAAAACAUCUCUGAUUGCUGGGUUAUCAACAUGCAACCAAACGGACUUGCAAGCAAACCGCAGAAUCUUAUUUAAUGAGUUUCUGGAGUCAUAAUUAAUCAAUUCGACUGGUCACGCACUGAUCGCUCCCUUCUGAACUCAGGCCUGGUGCAACGGGAUGUUUCCUCCACCAAACACUCAGUCUGACGCCUGACAUUCAUCCACAAGUGCAAUUGACUUAUAGCAGGGUUCCCAAAUAGCUCCAUUAUUCCCUACAUUAAAUCUCUAAUGGGUACAACUAAUCGUGGCAUUAAUUUUAUGCAAUAUCUUAGUCUUUGAGGAAAGGGAGACUUUUUAAUCAGUGUCUUUUAAUUGUUUUAUAGAGAGACACACAAGUGUUUUAAGUCAUAAGUAAAUGUUUGUGCAUUUGUGCAUGUUUUAUGAUUUUCAGCAUCUUUUGAUGUGUCAUUUUAUUUGCAGCGUUUUAAUACAGAAUGGCUCCUAUGAGGUGAAGAAUGCUCUAGAUAUUUUUAUAUGAAUUUUCGGGAAAAUUUUAAAUUAUGUCCUUGACAGUAUUCAGUGUGUUUAUGCUGUUGAUUGGUGCAGAAUGGAAAUCAGAGUGUUUACAUGGAAAUCAGGCCUGCUGUAUAUGAACAAACCCUAAAGUAUGUUCCCUUUAUCUUGAUAGUUAUAAAACGCAAAAUGUAAAAUAAAACUUAAUUUUAAGACUGGAA